AGCGGUCCCAAACUCUGCGGCGAGAACGCUAAUUCGACUCCGGGCCGUGCCAUUCCCCUACUAACCUUCCUUCGCCCCCGGUGGCAUUAUGUCCCUCAGCACCUCUCCCCGCAAGACGAUUCCUCUAUCUACCGGCCACGAGCGCCAGCGCUCUCGCUGCGACUCCACCACCGGCCAGACCAAACGCGUCUUCUUCUGCGGAGUUGUUGUCGAAGGUUCGGAGAAUGGGAGGAGGCUACCUGAAGAUAUUCAGGACCUCGUGCUGUCUCUCGGAGACACAGUGGCGUCUGAAACAGAAUCUCUCUCAUCUUCCUCGGACUCUGAAUCCACUCACACCGAAUUCGCUGGCCAACGCAAGCGCGCGCUUACAGACACAUCG